AUGUCGUUGAGGCCGAAUUCGAGGACGGAGGUCCGCCGGAGCCGGUACAAGGUGGCGGUGGAUGCGGAUGAGGGACGCCGGCGUAGGGAGGAUAAUAUGGUGGAGAUCCGGAAGAAUAAGCGAGAGGAGAACUUGCUUAAGAAGCGACGCGAGGGGCUCCAAGCUCAACAGUUUCAGGCCGCAGCCAAUGUUCCUCUGCCCGAUAAGAAGUUGGAAAGCCUUCCUGCAAUGGUUGCUGGGGUUUGGUCUGAUGAUGCUGCUCUGCAGCUAGAGGCGACAACUCAGUUCCGUAAACUUCUUUCAAUAGAGAGGAAUCCACCUAUUGAGGAAGUUAUACAAUCUGGAGUUGUUCCUCGUUUUGUUGAGUUUCUUGGGAGAGACGAUUACCCUCAGCUUCAGUUUGAGGCGGCUUGGGCACUCACGAACAUUGCUUCUGGAACUUCUGAAAAUACCAAGGUUGUGAUCGAUCAAGGCGCUGUUCCAAUUUUUGUUCGGCUUCUCAGUUCUCCGAGUGAUGAUGUGCGCGAGCAGGCAGUGUGGGCUUUAGGAAAUGUUGCUGGUGACUCACCAAAGUGCCGUGACCUCGUCCUUCAUUAUGGGGCUUUAAUGCCUUUGUUAUCUCAAUUUAAUGAUCAGGCAAAAUUGUCCAUGUUGCGAAAUGCAACGUGGACGUUAUCAAAUUUUUGUAGAGGAAAGCCGCAGCCUCAGUUUGAGCAGGUCAAACCAGCCUUGGCUGCUAUUGCUCAUCUCAUUCAUACGAAUGAUGAAGAAGUCCUUACAGAUGCUUGCUGGGCGCUUUCCUAUCUAUCUGAUGGCACUAAUGAUAAAAUCCAGGCUGUGAUUGAGGCUGGUGUGUGCCCUCGUCUGAUUGAACUUUUACUUCAUCCUUCUGCAUCUGUUUUGAUUCCGGCCCUGCGCACAGUUGGUAAUAUUGUGACUGGUGAUGAUCUCCAGACUCAGGUAAUCAUCAAUCACCAAGCUCUCCCACGCUUGCUUAACUUGUUGAUCCAAAAUCACAAGAAAAGCAUCAAGAAGGAAGCUUGCUGGACCAUCUCAAACAUCACUGCAGGAAAUAAAGAGCAGAUUCAGGCUGUGAUCGAGGCUGGAUUAAUCUCCCCUCUUGUUCAUCUGCUUCAGAAUGCUGAAUUUGAGAUAAAGAAAGAAGCUGCAUGGGCUAUUUCAAAUGCCACUUCUGGUGGAACUCAUGACCAAAUCAAGGUUUUGGUGCAUGAGGGAUGCAUAAAGCCCUUGUGUGACCUACUGGUUUGUCCCGAUCCAAGAAUUAUCACAGUCAGCUUGGAAGGUCUUGAAAACAUCCUAAAGGUUGGAGAAGCCGAGAAGAAUCAAGGUAAUACGGGGGAUGUGAAUAUCUUUGCACAGAUGAUUGACGAUGCAGAAGGUCUGGAAAAGAUUGAAAACCUCCAGUCUCAUGAUAACAACGAGAUUUAUGAGAAGGCAGUUAAGAUACUUGAAACAUAUUGGUUGGAAGAAGACGAUGAGCAGUUGGUGUCUUCUGAAGGAGCUCAACAAUCUGGCUUCAACUUUGGAGAUGGUGCACUUCCGGUUCCAUCUGGGGGUUUCAAAUUCAAUUAG